AUGGCUCGGCGCACCCUUUCGGAAGAGGUCCACGAAGGAGAUCCGAGCGCGACAGCUGUUCCUCUCCCCAGGCAGUUGGGCGGCCGCUCUGGGAGCAGAGCAGCGCAGCCCGGCUCCGCAGAAUCAGCGCCGCCGCCUCCCGGCGCUCACGUCUGCAGGGAAAAGAAGGAAGGAAAAAACUUACAGAACGGCAGCAAUUUCCUUCCUUCCUUUUCGGGCUCCUCCUCGCCCGGGCCGCCUCCCCAGCCGCGUGCGCAGACCUGGAAGCGCCGGCCAGAGGACGCGACUGGAGGUGAGCGAAGUGACACAGCGGCGCGCGUAGGGCCGCGAGCGCAGCCGGGAACGCGCCCCACCCUUGUGCCUGAUUUCCUCCCGGUGGCGCUUGCGACAGCUCAGCGGCUGACGCACGAAGGCCCUCCCGCAGCGAGGAUUCCCGCGGCAGCACCGCCCCGCCGCACUCCGGCGGCCGGAGGGAUUGGCGCCGGGCCGAGGACUGCGCUGGUGACGGGCUGCGCUCGGCCGCCCGGCGCCCUGUUUCUGCUUCUGCCCUCGCCGCACGUCCUCCGCCACCCCUCGCGGAGCUUCCAGCUGCCGUCUCCCUGGCACAGAAACAGUUCGGCUGCGGAUCGCCCUCUUCCUAGGGGAAGAUUCCAAACACAGCUCCCGUACCCAACACUUCCAAAGAACAGAAGCUGCAGAAAAACGCCCGGCUGCUGCAAGCUGAAGCGUCCUGGGCACUCAGUGCCCCACUCUGCCUUGCUGGCCCUUGUAAGAGCAAUGACGGGCAAAAUCCUGUAUGUGUAUUUGCUCCACUGCAGUUCAUGUCUCUUAGAAAAUCAGACUGCCCAAUGUUUCCAAAUCGUCACUGAAUGGGGACCAAAAUCUCACACAGGUUUCUUUCAGGUUAUUUCAAGCUGGAAAAACUGGGAGGGCCAGAAAACUGAACUGAAACAGUAUUGACAGCAAAUACUGCAAAGAGAGCUCUGCCCCUGCCCCAGGUGUGGAGGGAGUGGGGAAUGGAAGGGAAGAGAGAAACCCCACUGCAAAUAAUGUAAAUGUUUGUCCUCUCUGUGCAUCUAGCCAGGUAGGUGUCACAAGCUGCCUCCCCCACAAGAAAGGGGAAAAAAAUAUAACUUGUUCGUAAAAACCAGGUUAUGAAUGAAGACGUUUCAGGUUCUUGGUUUCUCAAAAUUAAACCCCUCUAUGGUCUGCAGUUUACAAAACGAGGAAAAUACAAUUGCCAAAAUCUGUCCAAAAUCCUUGCUGAAAACAGAGAUAUAUUUUGCACAAAACCUCAAAGAUUAUAUUGGCUCUUACCCUUCUUUUAUUUUGAGCAAUUCAUUUAGUCCUUCUGUACUUCAGCUUUCUCAUCAAUAAAACAGAUUCUUUUUUUAAGGGGGAAAGUGAUUAUGAGUUGAAAGUGCUUUGUUACAACAAAGCAGUGAUCAGAAAGCAGCUUGGUGCAAGUGCAAAAGC